GACACCUCCUUGUCUUUGUCUUGUCCAGCUGGCUCACAGGGACUGCUCCAAAUACUGAACAUACUGUAAGCAAAGAGAACAUAAAUGGAAGUGGGAUAUUUUAGGAGCAGUCAAGAGGAUUUCCACAGAGGUCACUGUCUAAAUGUUCCUGGUGCGAUGGACCCUCCAGAGUUUUCCCUUUUGUCAUCACUGAGGGGGGAGUUUAAACCGGAGGAUUACAUCCAGCCUCAUUACAAGGAGUCAUAUCGCCUCGCCAUCGAUCAGCUGGUGCAAGACGGCAGAGACAGUUAUCAAGAGUUCCUCAAGGGAGAGCGAAUUGGAAACUUCCUCUCAGAAGAUGAGCUUCAAUUCAUCACCGCAAAUGCAAAAAAACUGUCACCUCAAAAGCACACAGAAGAAGCUGAUGGCUCACCAGACAGCCAGUCAUCCUCUGGGACGUACUGGCCCCUCCACUCAGAUCAUGAAGCCCCAAAUUUGGACAUGGGGUGGCCGGAGGUCUUUCACCAACAACUCCAGACUAAUGUAGAUCUGCUCUUCCAUCCGCCCAGAUUAAACAACCCCACCAUAAAAGAAGUCAUCCGGAAGCAUAUUCAGGAUGCGAGAAAGGUCAUCGCCAUCGUGAUGGAUGUGUUCACUGAUGUAGAUAUAUUCAAAGAAACUGUGGAGGCUUCAAUACGAGGGGUCCCAGUCUAUAUACUUUUGGAUGAUUUCCAUUUGCAAAGUUUCCUUGAAAUGGCUGAAAAUCAGGACGUAAAACUUCAGCAACUCAGGAAUGUGAGAGUGCGCACAGUGAAAGGUCAGGAUUACCUCUGUCGCUCAGGAGCAAAAUUUCAUGGAGCCUUGGAGCAGAGGUUUCUUUUAGUCGACUGCCACACAGCUGUUUAUGGCUCUUACAGUUUCACCUGGUCUUUUGAGAAGAUCCAUCUGAGCAUGGUUCAGGUCAUCACGGGGCACCUUGUGAAGUCCUACGACGAGGAGUUUCGGACACUCUACGCCCGCUCGACUGUACCGGAUGAGCUGAAUCCCCCUGAGGGUUUGUUUCAAGGCAAUAGUCUUCAAGGGCAGCAGAUUUUGCCAAAAUCCCAUUCUGCUCCAAAAUUUGGCCGCACAGACCAGUUGAGGCAGUCUUUGGACACAGUCUAUCGGAGAGCCUGUGAGAGGAAAACUGGCAUGAGAGAUCUAGAAAAUAGGCUCCUUGAAGGGGAAAACAAUAAGCUUCAACCAUUGGUCAUGAAUGACAUCACUGUUCGGGGUCAGAUAUCCAGAUUUCAGCAGUUUGAAACUGCAGAUGCAAUGAGCUACUUGAAAAGGCACAGCUAUGCAGGGGAGAGACAAGAAGGACAAAUCCCACAGAACAUCCAGCCCAGAGCGAGCAACUGGAAUAUCUCUAGAGACACAGGAAGUGGACAAAUAAAUUAUGGUACGGAUAAUUACUUGCAUGUACCACAGAUAUACAGAGGUCAAAACAUGCGCCAGACUUACAAUGGCAAUGAUAAGCAGGUCCUCUCCAUGCAGCAGAACAUGACGACAUUGGAGAAUACAUCCUCGUCGUUUAUGCGCACAUUGAGAAUAGAAUCGUACCUUAAAGACCCAGAUCCUCCAUUUGACUCUUGUGACUAUUCAGAGCAAUUUGAAGCCCUGGACAAAGGUAGCUCCUUUAUGCAAGGACGGAUUAGGACCUCUCUUGCUCUCAGGUCCACCAUACCGGGGCAAAUGGAGCCACACAACCACAUAGACAACACCUCGGGAGCACCCAACACUCACUACUCAUCGAUGCAGUGGAAUCCUACAGUAGCAGUCGAGAACAGCAUGAACACUACUGACUUCAUGAUGAAGAAGCAAAGUCUGAUUAUGGAUGACUUGAAAGAUAACACAGGCUACAAUCCAGGUAAAAACUCUUACCACUCGACAUAUGCCAGUUUAGGAAGAUCUAAACGUGGACAGAUAAUCCCAAACCCUGACAUCCUGAUGGAUACUUGGCAAAAAAGGCACAGUGUGGCAGAUCCACGAUCAAACACUGAAGACACCAAUGAAUCCUCGGGGCACAUGUAUAGAGCUUUUCAAAGGCCCAUCGUAAAUAUAAACACAACAGGUAUCCCAGCACAGAAUGGGGCAUAUGGCAAAAAUCUCAAUGAUCAGAGAUCUGUCUCACAUUACGAUGUCAAGAGUAUCACAGACACAAAGGGCCCCAGUACUCCCAGUUGGCAGCAGCCCCCGUGCAGGACGGUGUCUGCUGCAGUCCUGGACUUGGAGAGCAAGGAUGUAGCUGAUAAAUCUAACAGCAUGGAUUCUCAGCAUUUUCUAAAGAAGAGUUCAAACAAAAUCAAAUCUUUGCUCAACAUACCAGAGAAGAAAGAUGACUCAAUUGGAAGCAUGAAAACCCCAAGUGUCAGUUCUGCUGGGAGCUCGGACACCAUAACAGCUGAGGAUGACAAUAAAAGAGAUAACGUGGAACAAAAACGUCAGCAAACCGGAACCAAUUUUGUCAGGUCCUCCUCAGAACGUCAGAGAAGCACUGCAGAGCACGACCGUCUAAGAUCUUCAAAACCACGAUUCACAACUGAGGAACUCCACCGACUUCCACCGCAAAGGUCUCUCCACAAAGCUUCCUCAGAGAAGAAGCCUUCCAAUCUGGACAAAGGCUCGAGACCUGGAGCAGAGAGCCGCCUGUACAGCAGAUAUGAGCCUUUCUGCUCAUUAGAAAGAAAGCAACCUCUACCCACAGACUCGGGACACACACAAUCUCAAGACAAAACCAGAAGCCUCUCUAAAGGGGAGGCAACUGUUGAAAACAACCUCAGCCGGGGGAACACACGAGGGCACCAUGAGAACAAGCUGGAGAAGUUUUUUCAGAGAGUUGGAAAUUUUAUACACAAGAACAAGUAGUAAUUGCUGCUUCAGCGGGACACAUAAUGUACACUGGUCACUUAUUACGUAUGCACACUUGGCUGGUUUCAGUGUGGAACCAGUCAAUUCUGGUAACAAUGAUAUUUUCUGUAUUUAGUUUGUCAAGAAGGUUUACACUACUUAUAUUGCACUGAGAAGAAUGGGAAGGAGAGAGGUGGUUUUGUACAGAUGUAGACUAGAGAGCCUCCUUUGUCCUUAACUGGUGUUAACUUCUACUGUAUAUUCACAUGCCGUCAAAAAUGUUUGUAGUAGUUUGUAGUUAGUAAUUUGUUUCAAAAAGCCACAAAUGAAGUUUGGUGUCAAAACUAUGGGUGUGAAGGACUUAUACAAAAGGGCUGUUACCAAACAAUUAUCCUGUCAACCCUGAUGGCUACUGUACUUUAGGUGAUGUAAUCUGACCUUCACACCAAAUGUCAAACACACCUCAACACAUUCUUGUCAUUUAUGUUUCAGACAGUUUUAUUACAUGUGCCUGCUGGAUUAGUGUUGCAACAUCUAUGCUGUUCUUUCCUUAAGAAAAAAAGAAAAAUAAAGGAAUUGCAUACUUUUUCACGAAACAUCAGAAGAAAUAAAUAACUAAGUAGAUACAUUUUUGAGGCGUUCCUCUGCAGAUGUCUCCUCUGCAACCACUCAGGGAUGGAUUUCAGCUCAACAUGGGAUCCAGACUUUAUUCAAGGUGCACGCACCCCUGUCCUUGGACAAAUUGUUCCUUCAACAUGGCAUAUUUAAUGACUGUAUGUGUUGUGCUCAGAGGGAUUUUUAGCUUUUUAUUUUGAAUGAUUGUACCAAAGAGAGUACCAAGCAGCUGGAAAGAGCUGAGUGUGAACAUAAAUUGCUGUACAGUAUAGUUAAUAAGGAAUGCAUUUAAAAGUGGGAGUUGCAGCUAUGGUUGAACCGUAAAGCCAGUGUGCAGGUCCUUUCAUACUGCACUCUAUUGAAGACUGUGUUCACACUGCCAGCCCAAAUCUUUUGUAUAAAUCAGGAUCCACUGGUUCUGAUGGAUAGUUUACAUUAUAUUAGGCCCUGUCUGUGUGCUAUUGCUAACAUUUCCAAAUCCACAUGGUUGCUAGGGUAACAAACAUGUAACAUGGACAUACAUAAAUCCAAAUAAAAAGAGGUGAACUGGCUGUGCUUCUGUUGUUAAUGGAUAUAUCAUUUGUCUUUGUUGUAGUUGGACUCUUCUGUUUCUGUUUAUUCAGGUUCAGCCAUCAAAACCAAUCUGUAAGCGUUCUGCGUUCACUCUUUCAUCCCUACACUGGAUCUGUCUGAACUUGUCAAAUGCAUCCAAAACCCUUUCUGCAAAGACUUUCCAGCAUUGACACAUUCAAUAUUGUUGUGUGCGUGUGUUUAUAUUGCAGUUUUAUUGAGAUCUUCACAAUUAGAUCUUUGCUUUGACACAUUCAGCCUGUUUUACGUGUUGUUCCAAUUUAUAAAAUUAUGUUUUUUUUGUUUGUGCUUCCAUUAGAUAAUUUUUACGUCAAGAUUGGGAAAUUCACUGAUUUACAGUGACCUUAUUUUACAUUUAGAUUUGGUAAUGUAAAAAUAUAUAACAAUCUAAUGAGACAAGUGAGAAAUAAUACUCUACUUCAGUGCAUUAAGUAAAAUUUUCCAAUGCCUUGAGUGUAACAUUUAUUUAACUCUAAAUUACAAAAUAAAACUAGAAAAGGUGCAGAAAAGCAAAAUGACAAGAAAUUCAGUUUAUUAUUCAGUAAAAGGUAAAUGCAGAAGUGGAAAGUCUUUGUUCUGACAGCAUUUGAUAACUUGUUCCACCACCCUUAAAAUGAGACAGUCUGGACUGAGACUUGUAGCUUGUCUGUAAUUUUGCAUGAAUGU